GAUUUCGAUGUAGUGUGCUUUUCCUUUCGUGUUUUUCAUUUUCUUGUUGUGGUGUCUUCUCCUUGCGCGUGAAAUAAAGAACUAGAAAACUUGGGUUUUGAGAAUUCACAAAAAAGAGUAUAAUUUUUUGUUAGGUGCGCACCACACUCGCAUAAACAAUUUCUCAAUUAUUAUUAAACUUAUUUGCAAUGCAAAAAUUAUUUCGUCAUUAAGUGCCAAGAAAAUUUCUCUGAAAAGAAUCACAGGAAGUUGAAGUUGAAAAAAAAGAUUGAAUAACCACUGUAGUCGAAAAAGUACUAUCGUCUUUUAGACACUUCUCGUAACAUGGUACUCAGUGUCUUACUGCGUCGGGGUGCAACUAAACUUGGAAAUUCAUUGUCAAUUCUGCAGGUGUUGUGUCCCACAGUUGCUGCCACCUCUUUUGUUGCCUCAGCUUUAGUGUUGUCGUCAAUCAACAGGCAAACAAUUCUAUUUUAUUCUGAUUCAAAUACAGGAAAAUUUAAUCAAACAAACAAAAUGGACAAAAAAGUUGUGAUAGAUAAGAAGGAUCUUAAAACCCGACUGACUCCCUUACAAUACCAAGUCACACAAGAAGCAGCCACAGAACGUCCUUUUUCAGGAUGCUAUAACAAACAUUACGAAAAGGGUGUAUACCGGUGCAUAGUAUGUCAUCAGGAUUUAUUCAGUUCAGAUACAAAAUACGACUCGGGCUGCGGUUGGCCAGCAUUCAAUGAUGUUCUCGACCAAGGGAAGAUUACCCUGCAUAAAGACGCAAGUAUUCCAGGGGGAAAUAUUUUACUACUAAUUAAAUAUCCAGACCGCAUACGCACAGAAGUACGCUGCGCUCAAUGCAACGCACACAUGGGCCAUGUUUUUGGGGACGGACCGAAGCCUACAAAUAAACGUUAUUGCAUCAAUUCGGCGGCAAUUGAUUUUGUGACGGCAGAAGAACUUAAUAGCCGAGCAGAUAAUGCAAGUGUUCCUCCUCCAGCUGGUAAUUAGUGGUGGUACUAACGAACUCAAGAAGAAGCUUUAGAAAACAGUUUUGUAUCUUAAAGAUCAAUGAACAUGUUAUUCAUGUUUCUGGCGACUGCUAAAAUCAAUUUGCUAAUUAAAUUCUAAAGAAGCAUCAAAUAUUUUAUGUUAAUUUUUGUUUUAACGUAUAAAAGUCACUUCGAUUUUAAUUUAAAGUUGUUUAAAAGAACUAAAAAAAAGUUAUUAUUUGUUAUUUGAAAUGUUUGGUUGUAUAAUUUAUUUAAUUAAAACUACUGUACAUAAAACGAAAUAACAAUAAAUGUGGGAUAUUUUUGUAUUGCGAAU